AUCUCUAAAAACGUGAUAAACACGCUUGAUUUGUUUUUAAAGUUGGAUUCAUUUGCUCAUCCAAGUAAAAUGGCUCUUCUAACAGAGAAGCGCUCAAAAAAGGCUCCAGCUCCAGCAGCGGACAGUUCCCCUGAAGAAUCCGACCCCGAGGGAAGCCAAAAUUCGGGCAGCGAUGUCGAGGGCAACGCCGGCUGGGCGGACUCCAUCCUGAAAGUACUAAAAACCUCCAAACCAGAGACCAAAAACAAAACCAUUCUAGCCCGCGCCAAAAGCAGUCAGGCGGCUGUCCAGGUUCGGAAAUCCGAAGUAUCAAAGCCCGACUUUGAUUUCGAGAUCGAUAAGUCAGCGGGGAAAGCGGAAAAUGACGAGGACAAUGAUGACAAUGAUGAUGUGAAACCGGAGGCAUCCGCUCUGGAUGCUCAGCUGACAAAGCAACAGCGCAAGAAUGUCCCGCUGCAGUUGCGCGUAAAGCCCAGCUACCGGGAUAUGGAUCGUGAACGAACUCUGCGAAAGGUUGCAACCCGAGGAACCGUUCAGUUCUUUAAUGCAGUGCGCAUUCAGCAGAAGGAUCUACAGCAGCAGCUGGAGGAAGCUGGUCCCCUGGACAGCCGGCAGGACGCAGUGCUCAACAAUAUCAAUAAGCGCAAAUUCCUGGACGUUCUGAUGAGCGGCAAGCGAGCCAAAUCCACAGCCAUAGAUAAUUCAGUAAAGAAGGAAGAGCAGGAAUCAGACGACGACGACGAUGAGGAGGAUGAUGACGGUCCCUCUGCUCCCGGUAAAAAGAAGUCCGAGUGGAGUGUACUGCGCGAGGACUUUAUGACCAACAAGAAGAUCAAACAUUGGGACGAGGAAGACGACGAUGGCAGCGAUCAGGAUGGCAACGACGAUGACAGCGAUGAUGAUAAUGAUGGGGAGGAUUAGCUUUAAUUACCAAAUAAAUGUUAGCUUUUCAGU